AUGUCUCCAUUCCUGACCGCCCUCUUCUGUCUUGGGCUGUGUCUGGGGCAUGCGCAAGCUCAGAGCGGACCACUCCCCAAGCCCUCCCUGCAGGCUGUGCCCAGCUCCCUGGUGCCCCUGGAGAAGGCAGUGACCCUCCGGUGCCAGGGACCUCCGGGUGUGGACCUGUACCGCCUGGAGAAGCUGAGUUCCAACAGCUACCGGGAUCAGGCGGUCCUCCUCAUCCCGGCCAUGAAGCAAAGUGCCGCUGGACGUUACCGCUGCUCCUACCAGAACGGAAGCCGCUGGUCCCCGCCCAGCGACCAGUUGGAGCUCAUUGCCACUGGAGUUUUUCCCAAGCCCUCGCUCUCAGCCCAGCCUGGCCCAGCAGUAUCCCCAGGAGGGGAUGUGACCCUACAGUGUCAGACCAAAUAUGGCUUUGACCAAUUUGCUCUGUACAAGGAGGGAGACCCUGGACCCUACAAGAAUCCCGAGAGAUGGUACCGGGCCAGCUUCCCCAUCACCACGGUGACCGCCGCCCACAGUGGGACCUACCGGUGCUACAGCUUCUCCAGAAGGGCCCCAUACCUGUGGUCGGCCCCCAGUGAUCCCCUGGAGCUUGUGGUCACAGGAACCUCUGUGACCCCCAGCCAGUUACCAACAGAACCACCUUCCUCUGCCAAAGCAUUCCCAGAGGCCACCAGUAAACUGAUCACCUCACUCACUCACGAAGUCUUCACAACUGAGACUUCUAGGAAUAUCACCGCCAGUCCAAAGGAGUCAGGCUCUCCAGCUGGUCCAGGUCGCCAGUACUACACCAAGGGCAACCUGGUCCGGAUAUGCCUCGGAGCUGUGAUCCUAAUACUCCUGGCAGUGUUUCUGGCAGAGGACUGGCACAGCCGGAGGAAGCACCCGCGGCACAGGGUCAGGGCUGUGCAGAGGCAGCUCCCACCCCUCCCACAGCCCCGGAAAUCACACGGGAGUCAGGAUGGAGGUCGACCAGAUGUUCACAGCUACGGGUUCUGUUCAUGA